UGUGUUCUCUCAUGUUUAGACCUGACACAGCAAGACAGCAGCCAUUCCUGAGCUAAAUAGACGGUGUUAUAGAUGGCGUACUCCACCAAAACUCUUGCUGCUGGCUCGUUUGGGAAGGUAUACAAGGAGAAGUACAAUGACACCUGGGCUGCAAUCAAGAAGGUGCCACAACACUUAAUCAAUAGGAGAGACCUGGAGAGAGAGUGUCAAGUAUACAAUAAAGCGAUUCAUCCUAACAUAGUGAAGCUUCUGGGUAAUCCAACACUCAAGGACUCAAAGUGGAUCAUCCCCAUGGAGUUCAUCUUUGGAGAGGAACUGGAGACAACCAUCUUCAAAUCACAAAAAUCUAAAAUACAGUUAACUCUAUCUAUAAAGGCCACCAUCAUCGCAGGCAUGUGUGAAGGACUGCUUCACCUACACAGCAAAGAUAUCGUCCAUCAAGACCUCAAGCCUGAGAACAUCAUGGUAGAGCAUGACACUCACAGAGCUGUGAUCAUUGAUAUGGGACUGGCCAAAUUCUUCCGUAAUGGCCUAAAUUCUGCCGUGGAUAUGGGCAACGAGGCCUACUCUCCACCUGAGGUCCUGCAGAGGCGGGGCCACCGAGACCAGCGUUCGGACGUGUGGGCUAUCGGUAAAAUCAUUGCUGAACUCUGUGCCAGAGUCAGGCUGCACACCCCCAGUGUCUGUCCGGCUAAGAUCCAUGAGAUCCUCAGUCUCCAAGGACAGCAGUACUGUAACGCUGUCUGUAGGAUGGUGCAGAGUGACCCCACAGUGCGAGCCACCAUGGCCGGGAUCAUGCCAGAGAUACGAAAGGCAGUGGGAAGUGGCAACACCGAGGAACAACAAAGAGGACAUCUUCCGACACCCUUUCCUCACACUGAGAUAAAAGUCACAUUGCCACGUCCUCAAGCUCCUGUACAGCAAUCACUCCCUCUAUCAAGAGCUGAGUGCGCAGCCUCACCAAGGCCUGAGGUCAAGACGCUAGUGCGAGCUCCUGUGCGAGCACCUUCUCCAUCAAUAUGGGAGCGUGCAGCCUUGCCAAAGACUGAGGUCAAGACUGAGGUCAAGACAACACUGCAACCACAACCCGUACAGCGUUCACCUUCCCCGUCAAGGUGGGAGCGUGCAGCCUUGCCAAAGACUGAGGUCAAGACUGAGGUCAAGACAACACUGCAACCACAACCCGUACAGCGUUCACCUUCCCCGUCAAGGUGGGAGCGUGCAGCCUUGCCAAAGACUGAGGUCAAGACUGAGGUCAAGACAACACUGCAACCACAACCCGUACAGCGUUCACCUUCCCCGUCAAGGUGGGAGCGUGCAGCCCUGCCAAAGACUGAGGUCAAGGCGACACUGCAACCACAACCCGUACAGCGUUCACCUUCCCCGUCAAGAUGGGAGCGUGCAGCCUCUCCAAAUCCUGAAGUCAAGAACUCAUCAUCUCCCCUUCCGAAGGUAGACAAGGGUAAUACACUGGUUCCAUCAGGCAUGGUUCAACCCAGUCAAGAUGUCAUGAAACAGCUUCUCUACGAAGAGGCCAUGAAGGGUCUCCCAUGCCCACUCCCAACAACGGGCAAGGUGCGAAUCCGCCGUUAUGAGCAAAGGAAUGGGGAAGUGGAGACAUGGGAGCAAAAGGAGGUGGAGACUGAAGGAGGGAGGAUAGUCAAGUUUGAGGAUGUGAUGUUUAACAACAAGUCAUAAGUAGGUUAUUGAGAGUUUGUGAAAUAGUUGCGAGUUGAUUUGACUCUGCUUCUGAAAUAGUUGGGAGUUGAUUUGACUAUGGUCACUCCCCUUAUAUCCUUCAUUGUAAAAGUCUGACAUUUUUAUGGAGAAGGGGAAGAGUAUAUUUGGGAGAUGGGACAAACUAAUGUAAGAAUUCUAACGUCCAAUGAAACUAUACCAGAUGUACUGUGCCUAAAAACAAAGUGGCACAAUAUCCCACAACGUGAGAC